GUGGCUUGCCACCGGAAGGAGACACGAAGGGUGAGGUACUGUUGGGUUGCCCAAGCGUAAACAGAGGCAGUGGAGAGUCCGGGGUCAGAAUUUCGAACCCAACUCUUCCUUUUGAUAUUCGGGACUGUCCAACCUACGCGUCACUCGAAGUUCCGUAUCGGGAACCUCAACAAAAGCUUCCCACAAGAAAAGUGUGUCAUGCAGGUGCAAGUCAGCUCGAGACCCAAAGCUACUACUAUCAGGCGGAACAAUUUUAUCUUCAUAUGGUAGCUCAACUCGAAACCGAAGCCGAGUUCGUAUCCUCUAAUUUAGCCUCCCAAUCAUUUGUUUUUGUCCUGGAUGUUUUCCGAAUUCUGGACUGCCGUUUGUCAUCAGGCGUGACAACACCCUUUAGGUGCCAAACUGUCAUGCCACCCGAAGGACUCAGUUUCUUAAGGGAGCACGAGAGCUGGGAUACUGUCAGGUUGCCCGAGCCAAGACAAGAUAAGUCAAGCCACGGAGGUCGGGUUCGAACCUCGGACCUUCCGGCCAAAAAUCUUCCCAAAUCUGGCAUCGAACUGCUGUCAAGCAAUGACCAGAGGAAUGAGAAUAACAAAAGGUUUCGUGCAAUCAGCAUGAUUUUCUCGCCUAAAUGUGAUCCUAAUU